AUGACACACCAGGUUGUGCUUUCGGUUCUCGCGGGGCUGGCAGUGUGGCAGAACGGCUGUCCAAAUGCUGCUGCAGCUUCUGCUACUGCUGGAAAGAAUGCAGUUACCAACGAUACCUAUUUCUACGGCCAGUCGCCGCCCAUUUACCCUUCGCCUGAAACGACGGGAGGCUCAGAAUGGGCGGCUGCGUAUGAAAAAGCCAAGUCACUGGUUGCUCAAAUGACUUUAGAGGAAAAGGUCAAUAUCACUGGGGGGGUCAAUUUGGAGACGGGCUGCUCUGGCAGCAUCUAUCCCAACAAACGGCUCAACUUUCCUGGAAUGUGUGUCAGCGACGCCGGCAAUGGCCUUCGAAAUACCGACUUUGUGAAUGCUUAUCCUGCUGGUAUUCAUGUUGGAACAAGUUGGAAUAAAGACCUAGCACGAAGACGCGGCGCCGCAAUGGGUGGUGAGUUCAGAAGAAAAGGCGUCAACGUGCUUCUAGGUCCCGUCGUUGGGCCAGCUUGGAGAGUUGUUCGAGGCGGGAGAAACUGGGAGGGCUUCUCGGUCGACCCGUAUCUGUCAGGCUCUCUUGUGGCUCAGACUAUUCAGGGGGUUCAAAACCAAGGAGUCCAGACCAGUCUCAAACACUAUAUUGCCAACGAACAAGAGUUAAACAGGAAUCCCGACGCAGGGGUCGAAGCUGUUUCAUCAAACGUCGAUGACAAAACCAUGCAUGAAGUCUACCUCUGGCCAUUCCAAGACGGCGUCAAGGCUGGCACAGCCAACAUUAUGUGCUCGUAUCAACGAGUCAACAACUCAUAUGGUUGUGCCAACAGUAAAACUCUCAAUGGCAUCCUCAAGACAGAGCUUGGUUUCCAAGGCUUCGUCAUGUCCGAUUGGAACGCUCAACACGCUGGAGUUGCCACAGCGCUUGCAGGAAUGGACAUGGUUAUGCCGAGCGGAGAUCAAUUUUGGGGUCGUCAUCUUGUUGAAGCUGUCAGGAAUGGUUCUGUUCCAGAGUCUCGAGUCACAGACAUGGCAAUCAGAAUCUUGACUCCAUGGUACCACUUUGGUCAGGAUGCCAUAUUCGACAAGCCAGGCAUUGGUAUGCCCUCUGAUGUUCGACGGCCGCAUGAGCCUAUUGAGGGUCGCGACCAUAACGACCUACCUGUGCUCCUGGACGGAGCCAUUGAAGGACACGUUCUCGUAAAGAAUACCAAGAAUACGCUCCCCUUGAAGUCCCCUCGAAUGCUUUCGCUAUUCGGAUAUUCGGCAAGAUCUGCCGAUUCCCUCUCUCCCGGGCCUGGCGACCUUCUGAUCUUCUUGUGGCGAUAUGGAUUGACAUCUCUCAGUCUCGGCGACGCCCUGUCAGGUCUGGUCCCCGGGCAAGGUAGCAAAGUUCCCAAUAUUGCUGUUAACGGCACCAUGAUGGGCGGAGGAGGAUCCGGCGGGGCAACACCUGCAGUUUUUGUUGCACCAUAUGACGCCAUUUCGAUGAGAGCCGCUCAAGACGACACUGCGGUAUUCCAUGAUUUUGGAAUGCCGGCGCCUGCGGUAGUUCCCAGCACAGAUACAUGCAUCGUAUUUGGAAAUGCAUGGGCGGCGGAAGGCCAAGAUCGCCCUGGCCUCCGGGAUAACUUUACAGACUCUCUCGUCAAAACCGUGGCCGAUCAAUGCAACAAGACUGUUGUCGUGCUUCACAAUGCCGGUCCACGGAUUGUCGACGGCUUCGUCGACCACCCCAACGUAACUGCGAUUAUCUUUGCCCAUUUACCGGGCCGAGACAGUGGAACAAGUUUGGUAAAGUUACUUUACGGAGAAGCCGGCUUUUCAGGGAAGCUCAGCUACACCGUGGCCAAAAAGGAAUCAGAUUAUGGCCAUUUGCUCGGCCCGGAUGAGCCCGGCGGCCAAUUUGCCAAGUUCCCACAGUCCAACUUCACAGAGGGCGUGUAUCUUGACUACAAGUACUUCGAAACGCAUAACAUCACUCCUCGAUACGAGUUUGGUUUUGGUCUAAGCUACACGACGUUCAGCCUCGCGAAUCUUGUGAUACAGCGCGUCAACGGCGGCAACUCAGGCGAAUGGCCCGAAGGCGCGAUUAUUCCCGGCGGGCAGGCAGAUCUGUUCGACAACAUCGCUACGGUGACGGUCGACGUGCGCAACACAGGAAGCAUGGCCGGGGCAGAGGUGCCGCAAUUGUACGUUGGGAUUCCUGGUGGGCCAGCCAAGCAACUCCGUGGAUUUGAAAAACGGUUCUUGGCGCCCGGUGCGGCAGUCUCGGUCGAUUUUCCGUUGACAAGACGCGAUUUGAGCGUGUGGGACACGACAGCUCAGAAAUGGCGGCUGCAGAGGGGGCAGUACAAUAUAUAUGUCGGAACCAGCAGUCGAGAGGUGCCGUUGAAGGGCAGUCUGACAGUUGACUAG